GAAGGUGUGACGUCCUACCGAAGUGGCCGGAGGUGACGGCCGUGAAAGCGAUAUUCCCGGGGUGGGGCUCGGUAUUCCCGACUGCUCUGCCUGCCCCCUCCUCCAGUCCAGCUCUCUAAGAGCCAGUGUUGACGAGAGAUCAUGGUCGAGAGGAUGUUGUGGUUGUUGAUGCUGGUGCUCGUUGGGGCCGAGGGGGCCACCCUGAACCAGACUGUUCGGGCGCCAUCCCUCCAGCCCGCCAUCGAGAGGGGUCUCAUCAAGCUGAGCCUGGGGCUGCAGAAGGCCUCGGCCGCCUCCACCGCUCGCGGCGAGAAUGUCAUCUUCGCUCCGCUCAGCAUCGCAGCGGUCAACGCUCUGCUCCUUGCGGCUGCCACCGGCGUCACCAAGAAGGAGCUGGAGACCCUCUUUGGGGUCGACGGUGUUCCUCAUAACCAAGAUGAUUUACACAGACUACUGUCAGAUUUUAUAUUCAGCGUGGAAACAGAUAAACAACUUGAGCAAAAUCUGAUGUCUGCAAAUGGACUCUUUCCAGACUACCAUAAUGAAAUAUCCCCUGAAUACAUCGCUUUCGCAAAGAAUUUCUACCAGAGUGAAGUUAUUCCUCUCGAUUACAGGAGGAUGCCUUAUGAAUCCACAGAGUUCAUAAAUAGAUGGGUAUCUAACAGGACAGAAGGAAAAAUACCGCAAAUUUUGGACGAUGUUGUCGAACCUCUCACGUCUUUGAUAAUUGCCAAUGCUUUUUAUUUCAAAGGAAGCUGGGAGCAGCCAUUCAUUGAAAAGUAUACUAAAAUGCAGAACUUUACUAUCAACAAGAACGAAGUUAUAAAAGUGCCGAUGAUGGUGGGUAUCUUGGAGGUGCCCUUCUACCAGCGCAAAGGGAGCCACAAGGUGAUUGGGCUUCCCUACAAAGGCGGGGACUUGAUCAUGUACUUCGUACUCCCAGAUAAGAACCUCACUGCCUUCGUUGAAAAUCUCACUCUCGAUUCAGUCAAAGAAUUGAUGAAUCACACGACUCGCCAAAAGGUUAUCACGGCAAUCCCGAAGAUGCGGGUGGAAGCCAGCGUGGAGCUGUCGAAAGCCCUGUUCUCGCUCGGGUUGCGCUCGCUGUUCAGCGGCUGGACCGCCAACCUGGACAGCCUCGGAAAAGGCAGCUUCGUCAGCGAAGUGGUCCACAAGGUGGCCGUCGAACUGACGGAGUAUGGGACCGAAGCCGCCGCCUCCACCAGCGUCAUCAUCCACCGGGACGGCUCCAUGCCGCUCUUCAGGGCCGACCGACCCUUCUUCUUCUUCAUCUCCCACCAAAAGACAAACGCCAUCCUCUUUUGGGGUACGGUCUUCAGGCCCGUUGUCUGAAGAUUAACAGGCGUUUCUAAAUAUUACAGUAAUUCGAUUAUCUCAAUAAUGUAUGAUCGAAGCUGAAAUUUUUAUAUUCAAUUAUAUUACAACUUAUUUUUUGUCAAAAAUACUUAAAUUCAUUACCUGAAUCUGAAACUAUACAAUCCAAAUAUUUCAAACACGGAGUUAUUAAAUUUCAAAUAUAUUUAUAUUUUAUGAGAGAAUAAUCGAAAGUUUACACCAUUUACGAGUAUUAUUUUUCCUUAUAAUGGAUUGGUAUAUUUUAUGUUAGAAUUUAUUGAUUUAAAGGCUGUGAAAUAUUGGCUACAAUUAAAAGUAGCAGUAUAAUAGCUCUUGAAACUCCAGGUAUUCCUAAACUACUGUCAUAUUUGUACCAUGGACAUUUAUUAAAGGCCAAGCUGAAGUAAAGUUGAGGUGUGAGGAGGGCCUUUAAUAACUGUUCAUGGUAUGGUUAUUACUUAAUUUUUAUUUUUAUGUUUGUUAUUGUUGAUUAUUUACUAUCGUAAUUAUUAUGUAAUAUACUCAUUUUUAUAUAAUUAAAUAGGAGAAAUUCUAUUUAUCUAUAUGUGUAAUUUACAAAAGCAAUUUAUGCUACUUAAAAUUGUUCUAGUCAUUAAGAAAUUCAUUUUUGCUGUAGGUAUAUAUUUAGCAUCAUAUUUAUAUAUAGAUGGUUUAUGUAUCAAAAUAAUAUAAGUGUAAUACAUUUUUUUUUUACACUUUUUACAA